ACAUGGGCUUGUAAUAUGGAGCAUGGAGAGCACAUUGCUGGGAGGGGUCAGGAGGUUAUUGAUAUCAUUACACUGAGGGGACUGCAGAAGGGCAUAAAUAGCUGGAAAAAGGUUUCUGCCCUUGCAGUGUCUUUCGUACAGCCCAGGCAUAGGUGACCUCCACUCCACUCUUCCUGCAGAAAGCCCGUCUAUCUCUGCAGACCCAAGUACCAACAUGGAAGGGAUGAGAGGUGUGUGUAUGAGCUGCUGGCUGCAGUGCCUCUCUCUAUUGCUGACUCUGCUAAGUGGAUCUUCUGCCAUGCCUCUGAUUGUGGACUCGGUGUGCUCUGCACCAUCCACGGCCAAGUACAGCCUGACAUUUACGGGCAAGUGGAGCCAGACUGCCUUCCCUAAGCAGUACCCUGUUUACAGGCCCCCUGCUCAGUGGUCUACGCUGAUUGGGGUGACUCACAGCUCUGACUAUCACAUCUGGCAGCAGAACGAAUACGCCAGUAAUGGGGUGAGAGAGUUCUCUGAGAAAGGAGAAGCUUGGACUCUGAUUAAGGAGGUAGAGGCAGCUGGGGAGCGCAUCCAAAGUGUAUACGGCCUCUUUUCCACACCAGCUGUGUUUGGAGGGACAGGCCAGACAUCCACAGAAUUUGAAGUCUAUACAAGGCACUCCUUUCUCUCCUUCAUUGUGCGGAUUGUACCCAGCCCUGAUUGGUUUGUUGGAAUAGACAGUCUAAAUCUGUGUGAAGGAGGUAAUUGGAAAGAAAACAUAAGUCUCAACCUGUUUCCUUAUGAUGCUGGCACGGAUAGUGGCUUCACUUUUUCUUCACCUAAGUUUGAGACCAUUCCCCAGGACAAGGUCACACAGAUUACAUCAUCAUUUCCAAGCCACCCUGCUAACUCUUUUUAUUAUCCUCGACUGAAGAGUCUUCCCACAAUUGCCAAAGUUACACUCACCAAGAUCAAGAGCACUCAGAUCUUUAGCCUGCCUAUACAGCCCACACAGUUUAACCAGAUUCCCACUGGCAAUGAAAUAGAUGAGUCUCUCAUAAAUACCCCUCUUGACUGUGAGGUGUCUGCCUGGUCACCUUGGGGUUUGUGCAAGGGUCAGUGUGGCGAGAAAGGAGUAAGACAUCGGACGCGCUACAUUCACAUACAACCUGCUAACAAUGGUGCUGCCUGCCCUGCUCUUGAGGAGAAGAAAGCCUGUGUCCCUGACAACUGUGUCUGAAGAUCUGCUAAGUGAGGGCUAAGAAUUCAUAUUCUCAUUUUCUUCUCAGUCAUGAUGUCACAAUCAUUUGAAGCAAUGUUGUUAGGACAACCAAUUCAAAAUAAGACUAUUAAAGGAAAUAACAUAA